ACAAGUUUAAUAAUUAGAAAUAAAACAAAAAAAGAAACCCAAUUUCUCUGAGGUCUCACAACUCGAAAAAAACUGAGAGAGCUUGCUCGCUCGCUCGCUCGAAGAAGAAGAAGAAGGAAGAAGAAGCUUUUAUAUUAUUAUUUUCCCAUUUUCGUAGCUAGGUAGCUAAAUGUUGAUUGGUUAGAUGAGAAUUUGAGAGGAGAGUAGGCGGAGAGAGAGAUUGCUCAAUUAGAGGGAUGGACAACGGGCACGAGGAAAGACUUGAAGAGAGGUUCUCAGGGUUUGGUCUCAGAGAAGAAUCUUCUUCCAAUGAAAACGAGGUUAAAAACGAUAGCUUGUUUCAGGUCAUCAAAGCUGUUGAAGCUGCCGAAGCCACAAUCAAGCAACAGGUGGAGGAGAAUAACCUCUUAAAGUCUGAACUUCAGAGAAGAUAUCUGGAGCUUGCCAAAUAUAAAUCAGGUGAAUCCUCGCCCCAAGCAUCUUAUCUAGCAGAUCACUCCAAUGCUACCACCGCUAGGUCUUCCCCUUUGAAUCAGUCACCUGCUCGGAGGAAGUCCUUGAUCGAUGCUUCAGGUGCUGGUCCAUCAGGAAUGAUAGUUGUUCACCCGACUAUAUAUCCAAAUGAGGAGGAAGAUACUGUGAGUAAUCGUUUUGAAGACCGUUCUGAUGGAAUCAUGACUAAUGGCAUCGCAAGAGGAGGUGCAGGUGGUGGGGUAGCCUCUCAGUUGUCUUCUACGCCGUCUACAGUAUCACUAUCUCCUAUGAGACCGUUAUUGGAAGGAGAACGUGACUCCCGCAUCAUUUCGUCUACUCAUGAGUUGAUGCCAGUAGGUGAAGUAAAUAAUUCUGGGAGUGCAUGGAAGCAGGAGCUUAUUCACAAGGUCAACGAACAGGAACAAGAGAUUGUGCGGUUACGGAAAUAUCUUGCUGAUUAUGCUGUCAAGGAAGCUCAAACACGCAAUGAGAAAUAUGUUUUGGAAAAGCGUAUUGCGCACAUGCGAUUGGCAUUUGAUCAGCAACAACAAGACCUUGUUGAUGCUGCAUCAAAAGCUCUCUCUUAUAGACAAGAGAUCAUUGAGGAAAAUAUUCGCCUGACAUAUGCCUUACAGGCUGCAGAACAGGAGAGAUCUACAUUUGUAUCGUACCUGUUGCCUCUUCUAUCUGAAUAUUCGCUGCAUCCACAAAUCUCUGAUUCUCAGUCUAUUGUUAGCAAUGUAAAGGUUCUAUUUAGGCAUCUGCAGGAGAAGCUCCUUUUUACUGAGACAAAGCUAAAGGAGACAGAGUACCAAUUAACACCUUGGCAGUCAGAUGUAAACCACUCGAAUGCUUCGCCUUUGUCACCAUAUCACCCUGUUGGUGUGAGUUUGAGAUACUCAACAGAAGAAGAACAGUAUCACCAAGAUGGGCGUGGUGCACCAGCUGCGAGUAAUUACCAUGUUGAUGGUCCUGAGAGUAGAUCACCAGCCUUUCAGAUGGCUGUGCAACCAGCUUUUACUCGAGAUGAAUCUCAAGGACCAAAUACCCGUGUUCAGUUUCGUGAGCCUCUCAGCAAUACAUAUGUGGACGAUGCAUAUGCAGAAGUACAAGCAGAUACAAAUCAAACUUUGGAAAAUGCGAAUUAUGGAGCUGAGUUUGAUGAUCCAAGCCCCUCAAAUUACCCCAAUUUGGCCCCAGUUCUUGAAGAGCCAUCUUCAUCUUUUUCUGAGGCUGCAGAUGAUGAUCCGUUGCCAGGGAUAGCAGACCUACAGAUAUCAGGAGAACCUUUUCCUGGACGAGAGCUUCUUGCUUCUGGUCAUUCCAUCCACGGAACGACAAAAUGUAAUUUUGAGUGGGUGCGGCAUCUGGAAGAUGGAUCAGUUAAUUACAUUGAUGGAGCAAAGAAGCCAAAUUAUCUUGUUACUGCCGAUGAUGUUGAUUUAUAUCUUGCUAUUGAAGUUCACCCCUUGGACGACAAUAAUCGCAAGGGGGAGCUUGUGAAGGUCUUUGCCAAUGAGAAUUGCAAGAUUACAUGUCAUCCAGAGAUGCAGAGCCAUAUAGAGAGGAAUCUUCACAACAGUCAUGCAUCGUUUAAGGUUUCCUAUGCGAUUGGUUAUAUGGAUAUAUGGGAAGCAGCUACUUUGUCUAUCAAGAAAGUAGGGUAUAGCAUCAAACCUAGUAACGAUCCUGUAAUUACAGAAAAGUUCUCCUCUUCUACCGCUGUUGUGAUUCCCUUUGAACAGCCGGCGGAUUUUGUGAUUAUUGGUAGUGAUGGCGUGGAGCAUCUCUUUCGGGUGGUGGAUAAUGUAGCAACGGAUUUUAGCUGCUCAAGAGACACAAUUGUGCUCACCCUCAGAUUAUUUAUUAAGAAGGCUCUGCAGAGAAAGAAGGGCAAGAAAAAAGGAUUUUUGUUUAGCAAAUGAGUUUUGGUAAAUAAAAUAUUGUUGGCUCCUUUUCUCUGACCUUUGCAGGUUUACAGUAUUAGAGAUAGUCCUCGACUGAUUGAGAAACGUUAUGCAAGUCUUGAUGUAGCUGAUUAAAAAAAACAAUUCAAUCAAUUUCAGUACAGAAGAAAAA